GGGAAGGGAAAACAUUUGAUCGGUAACACAGGAAGAGGUUCACUCUUCGGCGGACGUGUUCUUCAAGAACAACAUCUUCAUUGAUUUUUCGUCUGACGUUUGUCUGAAGACACCAUCCAGCAGGGUAUUUUUGGUGUACGUCGAGGGUGAGACAACGUCGACGUUGACGACGAGGGUUGAGACGCAACUGGCGAACGAUAUGGCCACUUACGCGACCUACAGACACGUCGAACUCGACAAUGUUGGAUACGGAAAGAAAAGGGUGCUGAAACCCCCUGGUGGCGGAAGUAGCGACAUUUUCGGCGCCGCGCCGGAAGAGACGAGCCCCCGUCGCGUGAAGAAUCACAACCAGUCGCAGUUGGGCUCGGCACUGUUCGGCGAUACACCGAAUAGCAAUAGCAACAGCAACAGCAACGAAACGCCGCGCAACAAGCCCGGUAAUGAUUCAUACAAACGUCUGUUUGGCCCUCCCGAUGCCCCACCCACCACCCCAAACGCGAAAAAUCAUAUGCGCAGCAAUAUCUCCCUCAGCGGGGAUUCGUCGUCGUCGUCAUCGGUGUCGCUGGCCGCCGCGACGUCGCCCGCGAAGAGCACCGCCAGCUCGGACUCGAUCGCGGGCGUUCUCAACGGCUACGCUGCCAGCAAUGGCAACAACCUGACCAACGAUGUCACAGCUUUUAGGAGAAUCAAACGAUUUCGUGGAUCGUCCUGCAUAACGCGCAACCCGGUCACCGGAGACGGAGUUGACGUGACGCCUAUAAGGCGCAGCGCACGAAGGUGUCGAGAUGGGAAUCCUGUGACUGGAACUGGCUACGCAGAAUCGCAGAACAACGGUCCAACCGUGCAAAAUGGAACGUCCAGCUCGAAUUCCAGCAUCGGCGAGAAAUCGAACGACUCGUCGCCGGCGGCCAAGGUUCCAGCUCGUACACGCGUGCCACCCGGUGGCUAUUCAUCCGGAUUGUGGUAAAAAUCUGCAACAGAACGACCGCUAAAUCGGCAUGCCCAUCAAUGGUUGGUGCCGUUAAUCCUUCCAGUGCAGAAGAAUUUCUGCAAAAAUUAAAAUUCCUUCUGCCGGAACCAAUCGUGAACAUCGAAACACCCUAUUGCACCCUUAUUCCUUUUAUUAUAAAGGAACAAUCGAUGAUGAUUACUCUCAUCAUUUCGUUUAUAUUUCUUUUUCUUUUUUACAUCGAUUCCUUGUUGUAUUUUUUAAUUACUCAUUCUUUUAGCGUUCCUUCAUGUUUCGUGUUACCUGUUGAACGAUUCACGAGGAUGAUUCUUCCUUUCAAGGGUUGAUUCCGAAGCAGAAAAAAAUGAAGAGAAACUGGCAGAUGCAGAUUACUCAGAUUUUAUUGUUUCUCUAAUUAGAAAAAUUUAAGUUUCAGUAUUUUACAUCCACCCUCGUUUGUUCGUUUUCUGCUUCAUAAUUAACAAUCCAAACGUCGAGGUGUAAAGAAUUAUCUUGCGUGAAAUUCGACAGUGUUUGUUCUUUGUGUUGUUUUUUUUUUUUUAUAUUGGAAACUUGAAUCUUGUCCAUUCUUUGAAAUGGAAUAUUUGUAAUUGAAACGAUACUGGAAGGGUUGACGAGAGCUCCGGGGACGCAGAGAAGAUACCGAUUGUCAUCCUUCUGACGAGAUCCAUAGGUCCCAAUUGUCGAAACGGAUUUAUAAAAAAAUGAAGAAUAGUCGUUCAGUUUUCACGGUCAAAAUGUCAUUCCUCUCCCCGAGAAAAUCUUCGUUUCCUCGGUUUUUCUAAGCGUAUAACUUUUAAGGAUGUAGAACUGUUCGUUGUUUGAAUCGUGGGGGGAAAAAAUAUGAUAAAGGGAAAAUGGGCGUAAGAUAGUUUCCUAUUUUCGACGAAGAUUUUUUCCCACGUCCGGCUGGUUCUCUUUUUUCAAAAAUGCGCGCCUUUCUACGACGAUUCUCAAGUGUAUCUUUCAUUAAUUCAAAAAAGAAGUGACGAAUUUGAAAAAGCGGUAAGGGUGAAAGAAAAUGACACGGAAGAAGAGGUGAUCUUUUGAAUAACGAUGAACUUUGGGACGAUAGGAAAAAUCGAGGAGAAUCCUAGAUAAUUGGAGUGAAUCCUGCCAAAAAAAAAUUUUUUUCAGAGGCGAAACUAAUCAGAAAGAACGCCAGGCAAUCACACUGAACACGCUUCUUUAAAUAAAUAGACUGCUAUCGGUUGGUAUACUUUGAAUAAGGAAUUAUACUUUUAACUUGAACGAGAUAGUAUGAAAUUUCAAUUGAAAAACGCGAACGUCCAGAGAGAAGAGAGAGAAUGCUCGACUCCAUGGUAUAUUAAUUAUUAAUUAGUAACGUUCGACGAAACCUCGGAAUUGUAUAUUAGAAGUAGACAUAUGUUAUUCGACAGAAGUAAUAAUAAUGAUAAUACUAUUAAUAUUAAUAAUAUUAAUAAAAAUACAUCAUGUAACCCAUUAAAACAGUCAAGUGCUUUCUUAAUUUCCGUGCCUUUUUAAAUCGUAUCUAUUGUUUCUUCUGCAUGAACGCCAAUAACGGCGUGAAACAGAUAUCCAUUAGAAAGUACGGUUCCUUUCUAUCUUUGAUUUCUUCUUCAUUUUUGUUAUUGUUACUUUGUACGCUCCAGUGAAAAGAAAACUUGGCUUCUCUGCGUCGUUCAUUAAUUGCGGAAAAAAGACUAUUAGUUUUUACUAAUUGUAUCGUAGGAUUUUAAUUACACACAAAAAUGGUCCAUAAUCAAUUUUAUCAACGUAAUUACGAUGAUUAUCAUUCGGUCAUAUUUAUCGCUGUAUUAUCUUACGGCCUCCCCCUUUAAACAAGAUACCAUGUAAUCUUGUCGAAUGGAUUAACAAUUAUUCGUUUGUAGUCGUCAUUACACACUUGCUUAUUUUCCUUGUUUUUUUUUCACGAUAACGCAUAAGGAAUUGUAUUUCUUGUUUCAAUAGAAAAUACUCGUUGCACACUUUUCUCUCUCUUAUGUUUGGAAAAUAAAGAGAAGAAAAACGUUUCUUUGUCGUUUUGGUGUGAGUAAAAUUACAUUGUUUGUAUCGCAAUCGUAUUCUCGUCUCAUAAGUAGCCUUUUUGUACUCUGGCAUUAAUAAAAUUUUGUAAGCAACAAAA